UUUCACUGCAGAUCAUCCAUAGUGCUAGCGUGGUGUUGGGAGCGGCGGCGUUCGUUUUAUUUUCGUUAUCCUUAUUAUUUGAUUAGUUUACCACCUAUUCUCUAUUAUUUCAUUACUACAGGAUUUCUAUUUCCGUUUAUAUCACAACUCAUUUUCUGUAUCUAUGUUUGAUAUGACUUGCCAUGGAAUAUUAGUUUUUUUCAUAUUUUUAUUUGCCGCAAUCCAACGUGGCACCUCGGUCAGUAAUGCAUUGGGUGACCCCAAACUUUCCUUGCAUAUUCCAAACAGCAGCUCCCUAGGAGACCCACUGUCCGAACCACAAAUUCUUCCAUCAACUCUAACUGAACAAGACGCUCUCGUCAUUGAAGAGAAAAUGAACUUUGGCAGAAGGAAGGUUUCCCCAGCCCCGAGUAACAUGAACUUUGUGUUUUGGAAUACCGAAUUAUCGGAUGCUGCCCAGGAAAGUGUGAAUACCUGUCUAUAUGCAAAUUCGCAACCAUCUUGGAUAAGCGAGCGGUCUUUAGUGGUGACACCGUAUUAUGGCUACCAUUCUACUGAAUUACGAACACCUGAGAUCAUAGAAGGGCUCUUUAAUCUCGGCAGAUUUUACGACUACACUACCAUGUACUGCUCAGUUCAUUCAUUUUACUGUAAACUCUACAGAAUGGUGACGUGGUAUUCUAUGUUCUCUGUUGGCUGUGCACAACAGUAUUGCAGUAAACUACAGGAUACAUUCAAAGAAACUGUUGUUGAGAAUGUUGUGUACUGGAAAUGUAAUUUCGAAAAUGUAGGAGAAUAUAGGAAUAAUGCCAUUCGGCCUUACAGUGUGAGCAGUGAUGGAGUAUGCUCUCAAUGUAUAAGUGGUAGCGCCUGGUGUAAUGAUGGUUUGUGUGACGGUUUCUGUCAUGAAUAUUCUGACGGCGAUCCAGAAUGUGUGUGCAAGACUGACUGUCACAAUAGAGGAACUGUUGAUCCGGUAUAUUGUAGUUGUUCGUGCGACUAUGGUUAUGUUGGGGAUUACUGUGACGCUGAAGGACACGACGAAGAUGGUUCUUGGUUUGAUGGGGAAUGGUUUCCAUCGCAGCGGGGUGCGGUAAAUGGAACAGAUUUAUGCGAAAUUGAAAGCUGUCCUUCAAACCUUGUGUUUGAUCUAUUUAACUGUAAAUGCGAUUGUGAAAGGGGAUAUUUCCUUGCCUAUGGCACGUGCUACGACAUUGACGAAUGUGCAACGCUUGACGGGGUUUGCGAGUAUGGAUGUAAAAACUUUGAUGGUACAUAUACUUGUACAUGUGCAGUAGGAUUUGCUUUGGAUAGCAACCAACGCACGUGCAUCGAACUAAAUGAGUGUGAAACUGGAAUUAGUGGAUGCAGUCAUAAAUGUUUUAAUACGUAUAGAUCAUAUUACUGUGAAUGUGAUAUUGGUUAUCAAUUAGCCAGAAAUAGACGUGAAUGUACAAGAGUUGCUCCAGAAAUAACGUCGAGAAGCAAGGCUAGUCCGUGUGAUGGCAUUGCCAAUGGUGGAUGUGAACAAGUGUGCUCGUUUAAUGACAACGUCACGUGUGCAUGUCGAGAUGGUUUUGAAUUGGCUGGUGAUAAAACUACUUGUUUAGAUCUAGACGAAUGCGCAGACAAUAGUGCUGGUUGCGAAUAUGACUGCGUAAAUUUAAAUGGAUCGUAUAGUUGCCAAUGCCCAAAUGGACAAAUAUUGAGCUAUGAUGGUCAUACAUGCGAGGCCGAUGUUUGUAGCAUGGGAUCGCAUUGUAAUGGUAAUGGAGUGUUAGAUAAAACAACUUGUCAGUGUCACUGCUCAUCUGGAUAUGAUGGAACUACGUGUGAUGUGCCAUGCGUCUCAAAUAUGUCAAAUUGCUGGACCACGUACAAAGAACCGACACCAAUGUAUGAUGUGGAUUAUUGCCCUGUAUUCUGUAAACAGUGCGGCUGCUUUGACUUCCCCGUGUGUAGGAAUGGUGGGAUGUUGAAUAAAGUGGCUGGUUAUGAAUUUGAUAUUGAUAUUGGUAUGUGCAUGUGUUAUUGUCAAUACCCAUGGCGUGGAAGGACAUGCACUGAAUGUAGCAUUGACUGCUUGAAUGGAGGUACUCUGGAUAAAAAUAGGUGUCUUUGUGAAUGUCCUGUCGGCUGGCAUGGAAUGGCAUGUGAAAAACAAUGUGAAGAGAAAUCAAUGUUGUGUACCAGUCGCUCCCAGCCAUAUUGUGAGACAGUCGCUUUGGUUGCUGAAAAAUGUCCCAUUCUAUGUGGCAUUUGUGGUUUGGCUUGAUUUCAAGAAUUUGACAAGAUCACGAUUUAAUAGUCAAGAAUUUUUUCUAUUCUAUUCUAUUUGAAUGUAUCUAGUAAUAAAUUAUUUUGUUUAA